GAUAGGUAUGGUUUUAUCAGUUAUGAUUAUUUCAAAUAACAAUAAUUAUGCAAUUUGCAGAUUAAACACGGAUUACCGAUACUGUAAAAAAGCUUAGUCUAGGCAUAAGAGUACCCUACUUGAAAAACGUUAGCUUUGUAAUUUUUGAGCAUCUGAGAUAACUCGUUAAGCUCUAUCCUAGGGUAUUUCUGUUGGUUGUUAAAGAAUUGAGUUCUUUUUGAAUUGAACCCGGUGAAAGGUUCGGUUCGUUUUGGCUGGUGUGAUUUUGUGAUCGAAUUGUGCAGGAUCGUUGUUCUCUCUCUGGUAGCGAUUACAAAUUAUCAAAAAUACAACUUGUGAACAUGAGUAGAAAUUUGGCGUGGCAUUUGAUAUUACAUUCAGUUAUCUUAUCAUACGCUUCGUGUUCGUUACAAUUUGAUCCUGAUAUUGUAAAACUUCUCAUUACCGAAUGUGAAAAUGUCCGGUUGUCGACUGGUAUUCAAUUGCAGCAAAACACCACCAUCGAUGUGGUCGUCGAAUCUCCCAGAAUAGCGUACGUUUCUCCUGAAAGUAUCACUGUCAAUAAUAACUCAGAAUGGUCACUCAGAGUAUGCGCCAAAGAACCCGGCUCCACUGUAGUGUUAACCAAAGUCGAUGGCUCUCUGUUAUUAAAUGAUGAAGCUAUUCUGCACAUAACCGUUGGAAAAAUUCGUUUCCUAAUAAUAUUAGCUGCUACUGUGGGAUGGAUUUAUUUUACUGUCGGCACUAUUUCACUUUAUCCUCAAAUAUACGAAAAUUACGUUCGUAAAAGCGUGGUAGGACUGAACUUCGAUUAUUGCGCAUUAAAUACUGUCGGAUAUUUUUCAUACUCGUUGUACAACGUUGGCACGCUGUGUAUUCCAUUUAUAGAGAAAGAAUAUUUUAGAAGACAUCCUACCGGUCUGAAUCCUGUACAAGUCAACGACCUUUUUUUCUGCACUCUUGGGACUUUUGCAACAGGGUUGACAAUGAUUCAGUGUUACAUAUACGAAAGAUCGGACCAGCGAAUUUCAUGGACUGCGAGACUGAUCCUUUCAUCAUUCGGGUUAGUGAUUUUGACAUCUGGUAUCACUGCCUCUUUGGGUGGUAUUCACUGGCUGGAUUGCCUGUAUUAUUGUUCCUACAUCAAAUUAUGCGUGACCUUCAUUAAGUAUGUACCUCAGGCUUUGAUGAAUUACAGAAGAAAAAGUACCGUUGGUUGGAGCAUCUUCAACGUUAUACUUGAUUUCAAUGGAUCUUUCUUCAGUGUUGCUCAGAUGUUGAUCAAUGCGUACAAUUAUGAUGAUUGGGGGUCGAUAAUGGGUGACCCAACCAAGUUCGGUCUAGGCUCGGUUUCAUUAGGAUUUGAUAUUCUAUUCUGUUACCAGCAUUAUGUUUUGUACAGACACAGUAAUAGUGACACAAAUAUCAUUAGUGAUACGAAAGUUCCUUAAAAUUUUAUACGUAUGAUUUUGUUGAUGUAUAGCCAUUCAUCUCUUCAACAGUUAUUAUACAAUUACAUGACGUUCCUACUGUUA